UGCUCAGUGCGCAUGCGCAGGGCUCUGCUACAGACACAGCAAUAGCCUAUAGCUGCCGCACUGACACUGAUCAAGGGUUUGGCUGCAUUUUCUUAUCAGCGGCUUCCACCGCAUCAUUUUUACACUCAGCUGCCUCCCCCUUCCCUCCUAUCUAACAUAUCUCAUGCCCCAGCAUUUAGCCCUCCUUUUGCCCCCUAUUCAUCCCACCUAGAACGCUCAUAUUGCAAACAUUCUAUUAUAGCAAGGUAUAUUUCCCUGCAACCCUAACCCACUCUAACAUUGUAUUCUGGUCCUGCAUUGCACAGCUGCAUAUAAAGACAUCCCAUGUCCUUGAGCUGUGCAGCCAUUAUCUGAUCAGGUGCUUUCCUUACAGCCAGAACCACUACAAGGGCAUCUAUAGUGUUAGGUGGAUUUGCCCCUACAGUCAAAAGGGGUUCACAAAGCUAAAAGGAUGGAGGGAGGUGCUUAUGGAGCUGGUAAGGCUGGGGGAGCCUUUGACCCUCAGACAUUCAUUAGACAACCUCAUACAAUCCUUCGGAUGAUAUCCUGGAUUUUCUCUAUAGUAGUCUUCGGGUGCAUAAUUAAUGAAGGAUACAUUAAUCGACCAAAUGAGAGUGAAGAGUUUUGCAUUUUCAACCGAAACAAAAGUGCCUGCACCUAUGGAGUGACUGUAGGUGUGCUGGCAUUCCUUACCAGCGUGCUGUAUCUCGCAUUGGAUGUCCACUUCCCACAGAUCAGCAGUGUGAAGGACCGCAAGAAAACCGUGUUGUCCGACAUCGCUGUUUCUGCGUUGUGGGCCUUCUUUUGGUUUGUUGGCUUUUGUUUCUUGGCCAACCAGUGGCAGGCCUCUAAACCAGAAGACAACCUACUAGGAGAAGGUGCAGAUGCUGCUCGCGCAGCCAUCGCUUUCUCCUUCUUCUCCAUCUUCACAUGGGCGGGACAAGCUGUUCUGGCCUAUCAACGCUAUCGUCUGGGGUCUGACUCUGCGCUGUUCUCUCAGGACUACAUGGACCCUAGCCAAGACCAAGGGCCUCCAUAUCCCCCAUAUGCCAGCAAUGAAGAUUUGGAUCCUUCAGCCGGUUAUCAACAGCCUUCUACGGAUGCCUAUGAGGCUGGCCAACAGGGCUACCAGAGUCAGGAUUACUGAAGGAAUCUUUUAAUGUCUGAGAGACUAGCAACUACUUUGUUACAGGUUGCCACUCCCUCUGACUGAAAGAGUUAAGAAGCCAGUCUUUAUUUUUGGUAAUGUAGGGUCCAGGGAAUAUUAUUAUAUAUAUAUUUUUUUUCCGUUUUUGUCUUCUCUCAUGUCAUUUCUGUUUAUGUUGAAGUUAUUUGAAGAAUUGUUAAGGUGACUCAAUGCAAGUUCUAUAGCCUUUUAAAUUCUGUGUUUAAAACCAUUUACAUUACAGUUUACUGUUUGUAAUGUUUAAAUUCAAAUUGUCCUUUGCAUUUUAGGUGGCAAACUGGCCUCUCUUUUGGUAAGAGGUUGAAAGCUUUUAGCCAUUGCAACACAAUCCAUUGACUUAAACUGUACAGUUUAUAAAACUAAAGUUGGUCCCCAAUAUCAGUGGACUGUACAUUUUAUUUUUUAUUGUUUUAGUAGCAGAUACAAAUCCUCAUGAGGUUUAUUCAAUAAACAUAUUUUGCCUGAGAUGUAGUUGCCGUCACCUUGGUUACAUAUAAUACUAAUUCCCAACUUGCCAUCGGAAGUCUAAGACUCUUAGCACCUUCAACACUGCCAAGGUCAACACAAAAUGCAUUUACAAAUCCUCUGCAUUACAAAGUAUAGGGAAUCUUCGGCCAAUUCGUGUGGAAAAUUACACCUCAAUUUAGGCAUAGGAACAUUUGUAGACCAAAAAAAAACAAAGAAAUGCACCUUAUACACACACUUAUAUUCAAGGAUACUUAUCAGUGGUAGGUAAAUGCAGCCUCCCUCAGAUCGCUCCCAGCUAGCAAUCAACUUACUUGAACACAAGAAUAUACAAAACACAACGAGGGA